ACCAUAGGAUCAGCUCAAGACUGCGGCGCCCAUCACGGGAGGGGUCGGUAUGCAUCUACUGAUGCGUAUGGGUUGGUGUCCGGGCCAGGGGUUGGGUAAGAAUAAUGAGGGGCCGGUCGACCCGAUAGCGCUGGACAUCAAAAUGGAUAAAAAGGGUUUAGUGGCCGAGGAGGAGCUGGUGCGCAAUCUGCCGGCGCAGUUGGUGUCCAAAAGGGGGGCCACCGAUGGCGGCGCCGGCGGUGGCGUCAAGAACCCGGUGUCGAUGCUGUACGAGAUGUGCGCCAAACGCAAGGUCUCUGUCCCGGUCUAUGAGCAGGUGAGCGAAGAGGGUCCGGCGCACCGCAAGAACUUCACGUUCAAGGUGAUUAUGGGAGGCGUGGAAUACCAGCCCUCAGUGUCCAGCGCUAACAAGAAGUUGGCGAAAGCCUUGGCCGCCAGUGUCUGCCUCCAGAGUUUGGGUCUACUGCCGAAGAAUAAGAGAUAAUUAAGUGAUAAUAGGAU